CAGAACAUUGUGUGGUUUGUAUUUUGUUAGAACGGUAUCUGCAGUUACUUGCGUCUGCUGUCUGUUUCAGAUGGACCGUGCAACAAGAACGUAGACAGCGCUGACCCAUCAUCCAAUUGCAAAGCAUGUUGCGAAUCUCUGUCGCCUUCCGAUGGAGGUCCACAGGCAUCGAAAGGAGAAAAGGCCAAAAUAUCAUUUAUUGCAGAAUCUAUCCAGCAACCAUCUCCUGUGCCAGCGGGAGGCACAACCUCAGCUGGAGCGUCCGGAACUGCCUCGCCAUCCGACAAGCAAGGAUCCACAAGCGAUGAACAUGCCGAUCCUCUGUCUAAAGAUGGAGCUUCCGGGACCGCCACCCAGGGAACCACCACCCAGGGAACCACCACCCAACGAACCAUCCGCAUGAGUAUAGCCGAUCUUCAAUCUCCCUCUGAUCAAGCUGGAGCGUCCGGGACUGCCCCGGGAUCCCUUGACCUAGGAUCCAUACGCGAUGAACGUUCCGACGCUGGAACUGCUUCCGAUGACGAGCCCCAUUGGUACGCAGAGGAGCCGACCACAGUUUCAUUAAUUGGAGAAUCAACGCAAGAACUGUCUUCAGAUCCAGCGGGGUCCCCACACACAGAGCCCUAUUGGUCCGCAAACGUCCUGACCACAGCUUCAUUAAUGGUAGAAUCAACGCAAGAACCGCCUUCAGUUCCAGCGGAAGACCCACCCACAGAUUCCCAGCCAUCUGCCAGAGAAAGGGCUCAAGGAUCAUUAACUGGAGAAUCCAGUUCUGCACCAGCGGGAGACACGUCCUCAGUAAUGGCCGUUAUUCCCCAGGGAAUUACAGAGCGACGACACACCCGCAUGAGUAUAUCCGGUAUUCGGUCUUCUCGUGGGCAAGACGAGGAUUUCCAGUGGAUUCAGAUACAUGUUACAUCGAAUGGAGUGAUGACGGAGGAGGAGGUGAAGGAGGCACUCCGGGAGAAGCUCCAGGAGAUGUUUGAUGACCCGGAUCCCCAGAUCGAGAGAGUGUUCUCCGAAGACGAGUCCUAGGAAAGCUGA